CUUCCAAAAAAUUAAAGAACAAACAUCUUUAAAUUUUGGUACUGCUCAAAGAGAUGAUGACCACACCAAAGGCAGACGUAAAGGAAGAAUCCUAAUACAUUCAUUUUGGUAUCUUAUUAUUCAGUAAUAUAGUUGCUUUAUUGCUAGUUAUAUUGGCUUUAUAUUAUUAUCUUUAUUCGAUUAUAGAUCUCCUAUAAAUUGUUUUUGGUUGACCAAGGUCUUACCAGCCAUAUCAUUUAUUAGUUAGAUUAGUGGGGUGAAGCUCAGUUAAUAGUCCGUUGGAUAAAUUAUAAAGAUGACUGAGCACAUUGAAAAACUUUCUCUGUCAAUAUUAAAUGAUAAUACGGUCAAUACAACCAAAAGCAGAUCCCUUUCGAAAUUUAAAUCUUUUCUUGCCUUUACUAUUAUAAUCCUUACAUUAAUAGUAUUAUCAUUCAGAUAUGUUCUAACAUCUCCUUCAAUUAUUUUGAAUCAUGUAUUUUUAAAUCCAAACUCAUCAUUAAUUGAAUCUGUUCAAUUAUCUGAAUCUCAAAUUGAAGGUAUUAAGAAAUUAGGGUUAACUCCAAAGUCUCCAAUUAAAUUAAUCACAAAUGAGAAAGGUGAACAAAUAAUACAUGGUAGAUUUGUUCAUAUCACUGAUUUCCACCCUGAUCCUUAUUAUAAAGAAGGUUCUGCUCUUGAUGAACAAUGUCAUAGUGGGAAAGGUAAAGCUGGAAAAUAUGGUGAUGCUAUUCUUGGUUGUGAUAGUCCAUUAAUUUUAAUGGAAGAUACUAUUAAAUGGGUUGAAGAUAAUUUAAAGGAUAAAGUUGAUUUCAUUGUAUGGACUGGUGAUAAUGUUAGACAUGAUAAUGAUAGAAGAUACCCUAGAACUGAAUUAAACAUUUUUGAAAUGAAUGAAGAAGUUAGUGAUUUAAUGUAUGAAACUUUUAAACAUGAUAGUGAUCCAAAUUUGUUAGUUGAUUUAAUUCCUUCUCUUGGAAACAAUGAUGUCUACCCUCAUAAUUUAUUUAGUCCAGGCCCAACUUUACAAACUAGAGAAUUAUUUAAGAUUUGGAAGAAUUUCAUUCCUCAAUCUCAAUUACAUAUCUUCAAUAGAGGAGCUUAUUUCUUCCAAGAAGUUAUUCCAAACCAAUUGGCUAUUUUAUCAAUUAAUACACUUUAUUUAUUCCAAUCUAAUCCUUUGGUGGAUAAUUGUGAUAAGAAGAAAGAACCAGGUUAUAAAUUAUUUGAAUGGUUAGGAUAUGUAUUGAAAGAAAUGAGAGCUAGAAAUAUGAAAGUUUGGUUGACCGGUCAUGUACCUCCCAAUGAAAAGAAUUAUGAUAUCUCUUGUUUGAGAAAAUAUAUUGUAUGGUCUUACGAAUACAGAGAUGUUAUUAUUGGUGGAUUGUAUGGUCAUAUGAAUUUAGAUCAUUUCAUUCCUUUGGAUUCAGUUGCUGCUUAUAAGUCUAUUAAGAAGUCCUUGAGCAAGAAAAAGAAGAAGGCUAAAUCAAAAGCAACAAGUAAGAACAAGAAGAAGGGUGCAAAGUCUAAAAACAUUGAUAGCGAGUUUUUUGAUAUCGAUUUUGAAUAUGAUUCUGAAGAUUAUGAAUACGACACUGAUUUUGAAGACCAUUUCCUUCUUAGUGAUAAUGAUUCUGAUUCUGAUUCUGAUUGGGAUUCUGACGACGAUGAUGAUUAUACAAAACCAUUAGAGGAAACAAACAUCUAUCGUGUAUUGGAUGAGAAUUUUGAUGAAGAUUUCUUUAGAAUUCAAGGUGGUACACCUCUCAAAAAGGUGAAAUAUAUGGAAACAUUGAGAGAAGAGUUGUAUGCUGGUGUUAAAGGUAAGAAAAAGAGUGGAGAAUCAGCUGAACGUUAUUCUCUUGCUUUUGUAAGUGCUAGUGUUGUUCCAACUUUCAAUCCAGGUAUAAGAGUAUGGGAAUAUAAUAUUACAGGAUUACAAGAAAGUUUGAAAUCUAAGAUUAAGUUUGAGCCAUGGGAUAAAUUCUUUACUGGGUUAGAUAACUUAAUGGCGUCAUUUGAUAAAUAUGAUAGUGAGCACAUUGAUGAUGAUGAUGACAACUUUACUAUCAACGCAUCUGAUGAUGUUUACUCAAUCUUAAAAAAGAAGAAGGAUAAGACUUUCCCACCAAAGAAGCCAGAUUCUCUUGGUUUGGGUCCUGGUUAUGUUCCUCAAACUUUCACACCAGAAAGAUAUGUUCAAUAUUUUGCUGAUUUAAACGCUAUUAACAAGGGAAAGAUUCCUUUUGGUUACGAGAUAGAAUAUAGUACUGAUGAUAAAUUAUACAAUAUGGAUGCUUUAACAACAUCAGAAUGGUUGAAAUUUGCCAGAAAAUUAGGUAAACCAAUUAAAGAUGAAAAGAAGAAGGACGAAGACAAGGACUCAAAGAAAAAGAAGAAGAAGAAGAAGAAGAGUAAGAGCAAAGCAUUUGCUGAUCAAUUGAAAGAAGAAGAAUUACAAAUGAUUUGGAUGAACUAUUUGAAGAAUACUUUUGUUAGUUCUGAUUAUGAAAAUAAAGGGUUUGGUUAAGCCAACCAGUUAAGCGAUCUUUUCAUUAAUAAAAACAUAGAAAUUUUAAUACAUAUUAACAUAUACACAUAUAUAUAUAUAUACAUUCUUUUAAUAUAUUCAUAAAGGUAAACUUGUGAA